AGGCGGCAGCGGCUCCCGGGAAGCUCGAGGAGUGGGGAGGAGCCUGGCCGCUGGGGCCGCCCCCGGAGGCGGGGCCUGGGGCCCGGAGCUGCGGAGGGCGCAGCUUGCUCAGGACUUUCCCUGGAGAGAGGAGCUGGCGGGCGGGCGGUCUCCGGCGUGGGAGCCUGCACCUUGCACCUUGCAUCCCGCACCUCGCACCCCGCGUCCCGCGGGCGCUGCAGGUGCCCAGAGAUCCUACAGUGGUUAACUGGGGAGGAGACACAAGUGCCUUGAAGAUGCAUCACAGGCGGUAACAGUGGGGCUCUUUGCUCCCAGUUGGCCCAUCCCACCUAGGGAAAGCCCAUGAGGACUGCUAAUCUUGGAAGACAUCCAGAAGAGAAAGGUUAAGUCCCCUAUCUGCAAGUCCCUGAAAAUAAGUGUGAUUGAUUACGAUUUAGAGGUAAAGCUGCUUCAACAUGGCCAUCCUUGGACUCUUCUCUUUGUUCGUUCUGCCGAGUCUGACUUUAGGGGCCUCUUUGCCUGAGGAAGCCAUCACAGAGCUAUCAGUGACUCUGUAUAACCAUCUCCGAGCUACUGGGGAAGAUGAAAACAUCCUUUGCUCUCCACUGAGCAUCACCCUUGCGAUGGGAAUGAUGGAACUUGGGGCUCAAGGCUCAACCCUGAAAGAGAUCCGCCACUCAAUGGGUUAUGACAGCCUGAAAAAUGGUGAAGAAUUUUCUUUCUUGAAGGAUUUUUCCAACAUGGUAACCGCAGAAGAAAGUCAGUAUGUGGUGAAAAUUGCCAAUUUCCUCUUUGUGCAAAAUGGACUUCAUGUCAAUGAUGAGUUUUUGCAGAUGAUGAAGAAGAACUUUAAUGGGGAAGUGAAUCAUGUGGACUUCAGUGAAAAUAUAGUGGUGGCCAACUACAUCAACCAGUGGGUGGAGAAUAGCACAAAUAACCUGUUGAGAGACUUGGUAUCCCCAAAGGAUUUUGAUGCGGCCACUCAUCUGGCUCUCAUCAAUGCUGUCUAUUUCAAGGGGAACUGGAAAUCACAGUUUAGACCUGAAAAUACUCGAACCUUUUCCUUCACUAAAGAUGAUGAAAGUGAGGUCCAAAUUCCUAUGAUGUAUCAACAAGGAGAAUUUUACUAUGGGGAAUUUAGUGAUGGCUCCAAUGAAGCAGGUGGUAUUUACCAAGUCCUGGAGAUACCAUAUGAGGGAGAUGAGAUAAGUAUGAUGCUGGUGUUGUCCAGACAGGAAGUUCCACUGGCCACACUGGAGCCCCUGAUCAAAGCCCAGUUGAUUGAAGAGUGGGCAAACUCUGUGAAGAAGCAGAAAGUGGAAGUGUACCUGCCCAGGUUCACAAUGGAACAGGAAAUUGAUUUAAAAGAUGUUUUGAAGACUCUUGGAAUAACUGAAAUCUUCAUCAAAAAAGCAAAUCUGACAGCCUUGUCUGAUAACAAGGAGCUUUUUCUUUCCAAAGCAAUUCACAAGUCCUUCAUAGAGGUUAAUGAAGAAGGCUCAGAAGCUGCUGCCACCUCAGGAAUGAUUGCAAUUAGCAGGAUGGCUGUGCUGUAUCCUCAAGUGAUUGUCGACCAUCCAUUUUUCUUUCUUAUCAGGAACAGGAAGACAGGAACUAUCCUCUUCAUGGGACGGGUCAUGCACCCAGAAGCUAUGAACACAAGUGGACAUGAUUUUGAGGAGCUUUAAAUCUUUUUAUUUGGCCAAAAAAGAAAAUAGUAUCCAAGCACAUUAUGUCUGCAACCAGUAUAUAUUUAAGGUUUGUGUUUCACAGCAUAUAUUAAGAAAACAUUUAAAAUAGCUCUAGUUACAAAAAAAAUUCAGCAUGUAUAAAUUAUAAGCUACUUGUGAAGGAAUGUUUUCUGUAUUAUUGAAGUAAUGGUAUUGUCAUGUUUGUGUAUUUGUUGUGCCAGUAUUUAAAAUAAAAGUACGUAUUGAACAUGUGAA